AUGAGCCUGAGGGAGGGAUACUUGACAAAGCAGGGGGGCAAGGUCAAGACAUGGAAGCGCAGGUGGUUCAGCCUCGAUUCUGACUAUGUGCUACACUACUAUACCAACGUGGGCGCAGAGCUGAAGGGAGAGUUCUCCCUGAAGACGGCGGGAGAGAUAAGAGAGAUCCCCCACAAGAAGAAGUUCCCCUACCUCUUCGAGGUCGAGACGCCCAACCGGACCUACCGCAUGGCCGCCGACAACGAAGAAAGCAUGGAGAAGUGGUUGGUUGCACUGAAACGCGCACGAGACGGCACGGAUUCGAUGGAGGAGGCGGAGGCGAAGCUGAAGAAGGCCGAGGCCGAGCGACAAAGGGCGCGAGCAGCGGCCGAGGCCGAGGCCGAGCGGCUGCGGAAGGAGGCCGAGGCCGACGCGGCGGUCUGGAGCCUGCAGCCGUCGUCGUGGACCCUGGAGCCCACCACGUUCCCGGCCAAGAGGGACGCUCUCGUCGAGAACGUCUACCCGCGCCUGCUCCACAUCCAGGGCGCCAAGCAACCCCAUAUCUCCAUCACCCACGUUUGCACAUCGAGCGACAGCAUCAACGACAGCGACGUGUUCGUGCUGGACAACAACAAGACGGUCUACACCUGGAUGGGCAGCGGGGCCAACAUCUGGCAGCAGACCGCCGCCGCCACCCUCACCCGCGCCCUCGACGACGAGCGCGGCUCGGACGUGCUCAACCUCGUACUCUCCGACCCGAUGGGCUCCGACGCGAAGGAGUUCUGGCGGCUCCUGGGCGGUAUGCCUCUGCGACUGUCCACGGCCGCCCCCCAGCCCUACACUCCCGCCAUCUUCCGGUUGACGGACGCUUCGGGUGAGAUGGAGUUCCACCAGGUGGCGAGCGGGAACAACAUGUCACGCAGGGUGCUGGACCCCAACGACGUGUUCAUCGUCGAUCUGGGCUUCCACGUUUUCGUGUGGGUCGGCCAGCAGGCCUCUCGGGGCGAGCGUGACCUGGCGCUGGGCUACGCCCAAGGCUACAUGCGGGCCUACGAUCGGCCGGACUACCUCCACGUGGACCGGGUCAUGGACGGCGGUGAGAACGAACUCCUCUACUGCUUCCUCACCAAUUAG